GAGACACGGUUUCUCUGUGUAACAGUCCUGACUGUCCUGGAACUUGAUCUGUAGACCGAGCAGGCCGGCUUAACAGAGAUCGUCUGCUUCUGCUGAGAGCUGCGAUUGAAGGCGUUCACCACUACCACCCGGGGGCCUACGGUCUUAUUCUAAACUGCCAUAUUUUUUAUAUGGAUCGACUCAUAAACAACUUAGAGGUCCAGCUUAAUUCAGAAAGUGGUUCAAUGCAGGCAUACAAACAGGUCACUGGCCCUGUUCAGAUCAGAAAUCGCCCUGUGAUGGCAGACAGAAGUAAUAUGACUUCACCACUCCUGGAUGCCAGCUCAAUGGAGAACCCAGCCCUGUUUAAUGAUAUCAAGAUUGAGCCGCCAGAAGAACUUCUGGCUAGUGAUUUCAACAUGCCCCAGGUGGAACCAGUUGAUCUGUCCUUUCACAAGCCGAAGGCUCCUCUCCAGCCUGCUAGCAUGCUGCAAGCUCCAAUACGGCCUCCUAAGCCACCGUCUGCAGCCCAAGCCAUUGUGGUGCCUACUUCAUCUGACACAGGCACCUCAGCCACCAUCCCUACUGUUCUCACUCCAGGCUCUAUCCUGGCCUCCUCUCAGGGGACCGGGGGCCAGCCAAUUUUACAUGUGAUUCACACUAUCCCAUCAGUCAGUUUGCCAAAUAAGAUGGGAGGACUAAAGACAAUCCCACUGGUGGUUCAGUCUUUGCCUAUGGUCUAUACCAGUUUGCCUGCAGAUGGGAGUCCUGCAGCUAUUACUGUUCCACUCAUUGGAGGAGAUGGCAAAAAUGCUGGAUCAGUCAAAGUUGACCCCACCUCCAUGUCUCCACUGGAGUUUCCAAGUGAUAGUGAUGAGAGUGCAAUUGAGAGUGGAUCUUCAGCCUUACAGGGUCUGCAUGGAUUGCAACAAGAACCAGCAACAAUGGCCCAAAUGCAAGGAGAAGACUCUCUUGACUUAAAGAGAAGACGGAUUCAUCAGUGUGACUUUGCAGGAUGCAGCAAAGUAUACACCAAAAGCUCUCACCUGAAAGCUCACCGCAGGAUCCAUACAGGAGAGAAGCCUUACAAAUGCACCUGGGACGGCUGCUCCUGGAAAUUUGCUCGCUCCGAUGAGCUCACUCGCCAUUUCCGUAAGCACACAGGCAUCAAGCCCUUCAGGUGCACAGACUGCAACCGCAGUUUUUCUCGAUCUGACCACCUGUCCCUCCACCGCCGCCGUCAUGACACCAUGUGAAUAUCCCAGGCCCCAGUGGAUGUGCUGCGCUGGUCUCCUGAGUGUGUGCUGAGCUUGAGACUUACGUUUGCCUCUUUGACUACAACUUGCCCCUGUGAUUGGGGUUAGAACAGCCUACUGAGCCAGGUUGAUGAAACUGGAGAAAAAGUUAGCUGGUCUCCCAUGAGGCUCUUCAUAUCCCGCUUUCACCUCUCCACUGUCCAGACUUCAGUUUUCUCAACCUCUUCCUGGGUUGAAUUCUAGUGUGGCGCCCAUGGUUGCCCUCCCUGACCCCUCAUGCUAUGUUAAGAGACAUUUUUCCUACAAUAACAAACAAAACAGGAAUCAACUCAAGGCUGUGAACAAACAUCCGCUGCUCCCCCCCACUUUUCUCUUGUUUUGUAAUACUUUUAUCCGUAUAUAUACAUAUAUAUAUACUGUAACCAGUACUUAAAGUUACUUAAUGAUGUCCUAAAAUGAGGGAUUUUUUUUCUCAGUCAUAGGUACAAGGGGAAUAACAGUGGAGUUGAUUGGUCAGAUUUCCAGAGAAUUGAGUCUGAACUAGCGUCUCAUUCUAAACCCGAAGGUUUUGUAGAUCUAGUUUCACUUGUCCUUGCCAGUUUGGUUUACAGACAGUACCAGCCCUCCUUUUUGAAGUCCAUCAAAGAAAUGAAGGGAUUUUCUCAACCUCCUCUUCCUCCUCAUGCUCCUUUACAAUUAAGGGUUUUAUGGCACAAUUACAUUCUUUGUAGCUUAAGUUUGGACAAAUAUUCAAAGCACAGAAAACAAAUCAGUAGGGAGAAGUAUUUUAGGAAAAUAUGUCGGGAAGUGACAGGAAAACAUAGACCUGGGAGGACCCUGUGAGCAAUUAUUUGGAUAAGGUGUUAGAACUGCUGUUAAUCCCAAACCUCAUUCAAAGGGCAGCCUGUUGAAACGGUGCUUUCGAUGGGCUACACUGUGCUGUUUAUUCUUUUGUUUACAUAAAGCAACCAUCCAGUUAUUACCUGAGAGAAAGUGCACACUGAGCAUGUUAUGCAGAGGUAAGGGGUUGCACUAGAGGAAUCUGUUUACUUCAUGCCAUUUUUGGGCACUCAUUCUUCUGUUUUUAAUGGGAUAGAAGAGAUUUUCUUUCUGACACUGACAUAUAAAAAGCAUUUUUAAUGUUUUACAACUGCUAUCAAUACCCAAGCCUUUUAUUUUAGACGUAACAGCAGGCUGCAUAAUAUACAUUCAGUUGCCCAAUCAGACUGUUCCUAAUAUUCUCUGGGGCAUAAAACCCUCUGUUCCUGGCCUUGGACCUCAGAUCUACCUCCAUGUGGUAUAUUUUCUCUCCUGGGGAAAAAGGAGAGGGGCUUUGUAUCAGUGUAGGAUUGGACACAGCCUCUUGCCUAAAGGUUGUCUUCAUACUAAACCUUUUUUCUUGGCAGAUAUUUCAAAAGUUCUAGCUUGAAAACUUUAGGUUACUACCUCCUGUGGCUGUCCUUUCUAGCUAAAUCCUAGAACUCUACCAUCCAGAAGGGGUCCUGUCUGCUUCUACCCAUCCCUCACAUCUUACAGAUGAGGCAAAUACGGGUUAGAGUCUUUCUCCAGAUAUUUCCUUGAGGCCUUAUAGACCUGUAUACUCCUUCUCCCAGGGAUCACACUAGUAAACCAAAUUAAAGGAAAAAAAUUAUGCGAUUGGUUGCAAUAUUUGUCCAAUUUUAUGUGUUAUACUUCAGAAAACUUUAAAUCACCCAAAAUUCAUACAUAGUUGAUGGCAAAGUAAGUAAAAUGUGCUUAUGGUCAUUGCCAGUUAACAUCACACACACAGUGUUUCUAUUCUCAUCUUUUGUUAUUUCUGCCUUUUUUUUAAUUUAGCUUGUUUUAAGGUUCAGUGUCUUUCCAGAAAUAAAUUAUCCAUAAGUUAAGGCCUACUUGUACUUUUCAAGAUGAUGUGUAGGUUUUACUAUUAUUUACUAUUAUUACUAUCUUCAUAUAGGAUUUUUCCUGAUUUUGGGUAUACAAGUUCUAAGCUGUAUACUAAUUAUUAAAGCACUAGUAAAUAACUAGGGCCAGUCUAUUAAUGGGGACCACAUUGUAUGGCAGAUUGAUAAUUAUAUAUUACUACCAUGCAUGGGCUUGAGCUUAUAAUUGAGUAGUUGGUACAAUAUUACAGAACAGAGUCCAAAGUGUUACCCACUUUUUUCCCACUUUGGAUCCUAAGAUUUGUUUUCCAGAGGUCAGAAUUGGCAUGUGCCCCUUAGACUUGAGACAUACAGUUACAACAUUUAUAUUGAGACAUACAUGUACAAGUGAGCUCUAUCGAAUUAUAGUGCUCAUAAGGGUGAUCAGAUUAGGAUCCUAGAUAUUGAUGUUCCUAGCAUCUCUGAGCCUUUAUUCAAAUAUAUUUCUGCAGAGUGAUAAUAGACUUGUGCAAAUGCUUGGUUAAUUGUCUUUAGUCAAGAAACAGUUAUAGCCCUACUCUCGUUGUCCUUUUUUCCAAAAAUGGCAAAAAUCUUUCUAAUUAAAAACAUACUCUUUAAGAAUAUGUCACAAUUAAAAUUUUCCAGAGUGAAUAGAUUGAAACACAGUACAGUGUAGAGUUACCACACCAAAAGCACAUGCUAGAUAGUGGUGUAGAAAGGAAAGGAAAUGCAUCUCUCUUGGUUUUAAUUGAAGUUUUAACUAAGUUUAAUGGGCAUACAAGAGCAAAACACUGUUAGUAUGGCAUUUGCCUAGGAUAUGGAAAUCUCAUAGGGAUGGAUAUUAUUCAGGAAUUUAUUACAGUGGAAUUCCUCCUUCUGUAGACGGUUGGCAGCUGAAUAUAAUUACUGAUAAUUGCCAUUGUAAAAUAUAGGAGAUGUAAAUUGGUUUGGAUGGAUUAGUGCAGUCCCUUAUGUGCAGAAGAGAUGUUUGCACAAAGAAUUUCAUUUUAAAUAAAGUUUCCAUGUUAGAACUGUUUUAGGUUUUCAGGCAAAAACAAUGUGAAAGUAGAACAGAGCUCCUGCUACCCCACAUCUUACAUUAGUAUGGCACACUACAAUUAGGGAAAGAACAUUGAUACGUUCAUGUUAACUGCAGUCAGUGCUUUACUCAGACUACCUUAGUUUUUAUCCGCUGUCCUUUUUCUGUUUUAACCUCUCCUUUAAAAUACUGCAUUGUAUUAAUAGUCACAACUCCUUUGGUUGUGGCGGCAUCUCAGAUAUCCUUGCUCUCAAGGACCUUGGGAGUAUGUUCUUCAGUUGGAAUUUAUUUGCUAUUUUUCUCAUGAAAAGACUAAGUUAGUGGUUUUAGCCUGAACGUUACUAUUUUCCUAACAUCAUAUUUCUGUAACUUAUUCUUCAUGUUGGGAUAGUAUAUUGAGAUUUCUCCCAUGUACUCCUUUUCCUCUCAUCAUCCAACACUGUUGGGAGGGAAGUUAUUAUUAUAUGAAGCCCACACAUAUGGAAAUGGUGAGUUAUGUACCAUGUUUUUGAGAGCAAGUACUUACAUACAUUCUUUGGAAUUCUUCUGCAUAGGAGUUUUACCUCCUCCCCAUUUAUUUAUUUACACAGUUGUUUAUUUAUGCCAACAUGGACUCAUUGAUAUUUAUUUUAUAGUUUAUUUUAUAAUCUAAUGCUACUUUUAUUUUGUUGCCCAAAUUGUAGCUUUGACUGUUAGGAUCUCUUUUGAAUUGACCCUUAAGUCUUUUUUUACCUAUCCCAUCAGGUUUUUUUUCACCAUGUGCAUAAUUUUUAGUGUUUCAAGAUGUUCCAGGUUCAUCUUGCUUUUGUUUUGUGGAGGGCACUUUCAUAAUCAGGCAUUUCUUCAGUAGCUCUAAUUCCUUUUACUGAAGAAUUGUAUCAGAAACCAAGAUCUGUGCACUAUGUAUGUUUGCUACUUUGGGGAUAUUAUUUCUUCAAGGCCUUCUCAUCCGAUAGAACAAAGAAAUAUAUGCAUAUAUAUUAAGUUUUAUAUAUAUAUGCACAUGUCUAUAAACAUUUCCAUAUGUAAUCAUUUUUAUUAGCUUUAUCUGAGUUCAUAUCAUUGUCUUUAAGCCUUAGUUAUUUGCAUAGCGUUCCAUGCUAAUGGUGAGAACCAUGACCCCACCUUCUGCCAUUUAUUAAUCGUUGAAAUCCAGUUUGUAUACAUAUUAACAAUGUCUUAAGUGUUAUCCUGUAUACCCAUGAGAAAAAUCAAUUAACUAGAACCCGGUGCUUAUGUACAUGAUAGUAACAUUUUAGAACUUCAACAACUCUUUGAAACAGAAUGGUCUACAAGAUUCUUAAAUUAGAGAUACCUGUAUUCUCAAUUCUAUCCUAGCCCCUAAAAUGCUUUCUCAUACCUGAAGCAAACCAUUAGUGAUUGACAAAACCUUGAGUAAGUCAAGGAAGCUUGUUGAUCUUCCAUUGUAUGUUAAUUGCUACAUAAGGGAUAAAUGGGAAAGCAACUGCAUGGGUCUAGUUUAAAGAAACACUUAGCACUGUCUUUUUCUCUAUUAAAUAUGGAUCUCUGACAACUGGGUGGUACCCAGAUUUGCCUCUCUUCUCUAUUUCCCCAGUUUUUAGGCAAGUCACAUCACCUCUCUGUGCCUCUAUUAACCCAUCUAAAAAUGGGGAUCCACAUAUCUACCUCACAGGAGUGUUGUGAGGCUUCUUAUUAAUAGAUGUUUAAAAAAUGAUGCGUGAUCUCUAAAUGAGCAAGAAAGUAUUAUAAUCAUUACUAUGAUGCUAAUUAGAGUACCCUGUAUUUAUCCUAUGGAAAGGAGAUUAGCCCUCAUCUGUAAACCAGUAAAAUUUAAGUCAAUGAGAAAGAUCAACGAAGAGUGGCCACUGGAAGCAAUAUUGUUUGUUCUGUUACCCUCACUUUCCCUACAUCCUCUGACUAUAGGAUUAUCAACUUUCCAGACUCAAAAGGUAUUAGGAUCGAAAAUAAUAAGAGGCAAAAUACAUAGUUUUGAAAUUAUAUUUUUCUCCCUUUCUUACUCUGGUUGGACUACAUUACAUAUAACUUUGUCAGAAGCACAAAGACAGUUUCUCAAAGCUUUUCAGUCUUUGGUCAGUUCCGUUUCAUCAGUUAAAAUUUCUCUUUCUGCGUGUACUGUACAUUGAACAGUAAAAGUAGGAGGGGAGUGGGGUGGGAUGGUUGGGCUGGGAGUGGACUGGAAGAGAAUGGAAAUCACAUAGGUGUUUUUCAAGCACUGGGUAUCGCUUUGCAUUUCCUUUUUCUGGUGGUGGGUUGGGGACAAGGGAAGAGAUAACUAUUUUGUUAAAAAAUUCUCCUUCCCUUCCAGUAGAUGUUUCCUAGGGUCAGUACAAAUAGCUGUGUUGGACAUUACUUUUAUAACUAUGUUGUAUACAGUGCUGUUUUCAUUGUAUUCCUGAAUGAAAAGGGAAGACAGUCCCUAGUGAUGUUCAUCCCUGUUUUUGACAGGAGGUCACAGCAGGAGAGCAGUACAAGAAACAGACUUUUUGUGGUGGGGAAAGGAGCCUGCAGUGAAAGGAUUUAUUGGAGUUUUGUCAUUAUUUAAAGAAAUUAUAAAACAGUAUAUUAUGUAUUAGUCUCUAUAACUCUUCUGUUUGUGCCUCCUUGUUUUAGUGCUUUAGAACAGCACCUCUCUUCACUCCAUUUUAUACUUGUUCCUGUUCAGAGGUGUAAUGUUGAGCACUCUCUCCUAUCCGAGUUUGUUGUGUACCUGAAGAAUCCCGAGAAUUGCCUCAGUAAGCAUGGCCACCCAGAGGUUCCUCUGUUGUAGCUCAGUGGGCACUCCCACUGCAGCUUCCAGGCAGGGUGUGUGCUUGAGUACUAAACAAUCUUGUUCUGUCUGAUUACUGUACUUUUUUAAUAAUAAAAAUAUUUUAAACCA